GCUGUCCCUCUUUAAAAUCCCAUUCCUCUGAAAAAAGGAAGAUGACGAUUUUGAACGGAAUUUCGGUCAAUCCAGGCACUCGUUUGAGAGAGUAUUCAUUCGGUUCUCAUUUCGUAUCAAGAGAUCUUCGGUCUUCAGUUCAUAAUUUUCUUUCUAAGAGGUUGUAAUCUCACAUAUGAUACAGUUCAAGAAAUAGUGAAAUACCCUCUUCUUUCUUCUUGCUUUUGGAUAGUUAUACUGGUAAAAGGGUAUCUGAUUCUACUGCUUUGUAAACUAUAUUGGCUAAGAAGUCAUUGUGUUGUGUUUGUGAACUUCUUUAUUGGGUUGGGAUGAGUGCUGCAGUUGGGAGGUGGUCAUGACUCAUUUGCGUUCUGAUAAUGUUCUUAAGGACUUCUAUAUUCCCGAUUACAUUCUUGUACCGGGAUCGAACGUUGUAGAUUUUAGACCUGUUCCUUGUUGCCCAGUCAUAGUGUUCAUAAAUACCAAAAGUGGUGGUCAGCUAGGAGGGGAACUCCUUAUUACAUAUCAAAAACUUCUUAACAAAAAUCAGGUUUUUGACUUGGGAGAAAAGGCACCUGAUAUAGUGUUACACCAGCUAUAUGUUACUUUGGAUAAACUCAAGGGCAGUGGAGAUGUUUUUGCUGCUGAAAUUGAGAAGAGAUUAAGAAUAAUUGUUGCAGGUGGAGAUGGUACAGCCAGCUGGCUCCUUGGAGUAGUUUCUGAUCUUAAACUUCCUCAUCCACCUCCAAUUGCUACUGUGCCACUAGGAACAGGAAACAACCUUCCAUUUUCGUUUGGUUGGGGAAAAAAAAAUCCUGGAACAAGCCAAGAAUCUGUGGAAUCUUUCUUGCAAAAAGUUAAAACAUCAAAGGAAAUGAAAAUUGACAGCUGGCAUAUUAUCAUGAGAAUGAAGGCUCCAAAGGAAGGCAGUUGUGAUCCUAUAGCACCUCUUGAACUACCCCACUCUUUGCAUGCUUUCCAUCGUGUCUCCCAAACAGAUGAAAUGAAUAUGGACGGCUAUCACACUUACCGUGGUGGAUUCUGGAACUAUUUUAGCAUGGGAAUGGAUGCUCAAGUAUCUUAUGCUUUUCACUCCGAAAGAAAGUUGCAUCCAGAAAAGUUUAAAAAUCAAUUAACUAAUCAGAGCGCUUACUUGAAGCUUGGUUGCACCCAAGGAUGGUUUUGUGCUUCUUUAUUUCAUCCCGCUUCAAGGAACAUAGCACAGCUCACAAAGGUGAUGAUCAUGAAAAAACCAGGUCAAUGGGAAGAACUCAACAUACCUCGCAGCAUCAGGUCUAUUGUUUGCCUCAACUUGCCCAGUUUUUCUGGUGGACUCAAUCCCUGGGGAAAACCAAAUGGAAACAAACUGCAUGAUAGGGACUUGACUCCUCCAUACGUAGACGACGGCCUUCUUGAGAUUGUUGGCUUUAGAAAUGCUUGGCAUGGCCUGGUUUUGCUAGCUCCUAAUGGACAUGGCACUCGUCUUGCACAGGCAAGAGGAGUCCGUUUCGAGUUUCAUAAGGCUGCAGCCAACCACACAUUCAUGAGAAUAGAUGGCGAGCCAUGGAAACAGCCUCUUCCGGUCGAUGAUGAUAAAGUUGUUGUAGAAAUCUCUCACUUUGGCCAAGUGAGUAUGCUUGCAGCAGUGUCAUGUCGAUCCAAAAGUGUCCAUGAUCCAUCCUCGACGCUAUCCGAUGGUACGGAUGAUGAAGAUGAUAGCAAUGAAGAAGAAACUGAAGGUUCGGAAGAGCGAAGGAAAUUCGGUGCAGCUGACACAUUUAAAUUGCCGGAAGGUGUCGACAUUGCUCAUCUCAGUUAAGCUGGUGCUAUACACAUUCCCUGCUCUUCUGUUUAUUGUAUAGAACUCUUCAUUUUCUCUCCACUGAUUAGCCUUUGAAUUUAAAUGAAUCUCACUAGAACAAAUAGUAGAUGUAGUCCAAUUAUAUCAGUUUGGACACAUUGUAUAGUAGUGAAUAGUGAUACAACUUCAUGAUUCCUUUUAUUUUUUUUAGCUUGUUGAGUAGUUUUAGUUUUUCUUCUAUAUUGUAUUAUGAACACAGGUGUCGUGUAAAUAUAUCUGCGUGCAUCUGAUGGAUGCAUCAUAUUUAUUGGUUCAUUUAUAAAAUAUCGCCUGUUUGAAUAUCA